CUCUCCAUCAGAAGGAAAAAAAGCAUGGCAAACGACAGGCAAAAGGUGGUCCUGAUUACAGGAUGCUCCUCUGGAAUUGGUUUGAAGCUUGCUAUUCAUCUUGCAAACGAUACCAAGGAACAGUUUUAUGUUAUUGCGACCAUGAGAAAUUUAAACAAGAAAGAACAGCUGGAAGCAGCUGCUGGAGAUACUCUGAACAAGACAUUACACAUCAGGCAGCUUGAUGUCUGCAGUGAUGAGUCAGUGACAAAAUGCCUCAACAGCAUUCAAGAUAAAAGAGUUGACAUACUGGUUAAUAAUGCAGGUAUUGGAAAGAUUGGCCCAAUAGAAAGUCUCAGCAUCCAGGAAAUGAAGAGUAUAUUUGACACAAACUUUUUUGGAGCUGUUCGGAUGAUCAAGGCCGUGCUGCCAGAUAUGAAGAGGAGAAGGAGUGGGCAUAUUGUUAUGAUGAGCAGUGUGAUGGGACUACAAGGUGUUAUAUUCAAUGAUGUCUAUGCGGCCUCUAAGUUUGCCAUGGAAGGAUUUUGUGAAAGUCUUGCAGUCCAGCUUCUUAAGUUCAAUAUAUAUGUUUCAAUGAUAGAACCUGGUCCAGUAAACACCGAAUUUGAAAUGAAGCUCAUGGAUGAGGUGUCACAUUCUACAUUCCCAGGAACAGACUCAGAGACAGUCCAGUUUUUUAAAAAUGUCUACCUACCUGCUUCACGUGACAUUUUUGCUACAAUGGGACAGACUCCGGAUACAAUUGCUGAGGCAACGAUCAAAGUGAUGAAAAUGGAACGGCCAGUAUUUCGUUACCAAACCAACAUACUUUACACACCACUGACGGCAAUGAAGUACGCUGACGACACAGGAAAUAUGUCGAUCCGAACGUUUUACAACUUACUUUUUAAUCAUGGAACUUGCUUUAAAAUAAGCUUAGGCUGCCUCAGAAUUGUAACAUGCAGCUGGUUCUGCAGUGGAGCUGUUUCACCAAACUGAUUGGGAUUAUGAAGAAUUGGCUUUUCUAAGCGCCAAUAUGUUAUUUGCAAUAUCCAUUGCUUUUCGGUACCUAACCACCAGAAAAGUACUCAAAGCAACAAAAUUUGCUUUGCAAACAAUCUGAAAAUCAAACAUAUGCAGAGAAGACAAGAUAGACAAUUAUAGAUAAUGAAAGUAAUAAAAUAAUAAAAAUAGACAAGACAUUACAAUUAUGUUCAAGUUGUCCUGGACCAUGAUCCUUCGGUCAUGGAUUAUGACAUUAAACAGUUUUCUGCAAAACCUGAAGGACUUUAAUUAACAUAUGUCGUUUUAAUACACAUUUUCUAAAACUUACAAUUACAUUUCUUAGCUAUUGUAACAAUCCAAUUACAGCACUAAACAUCCAUUGA